GCUAAAUUAAUAUAACGAAACCCAUCGAAUUCGAUUUAAUAAGUCCCAAUUUAUUAAAAUCAAAAAUUAUUAAUCCUAAAAUCGUUUUCAACGCAGAUUCGUUUUGUGCAAUAAAUAAUUAUUUAUAUGUGUGUGUGUGUCAAUCAAAAUCUCGUCUGUUAAAAUGAGAAUUUCUUAACAAGUACUCGAGAGUUUUUCCACGAAAUAAUCCCGAAAAUUAACGAUUAAAAGGUAAAGGACAACAUUAAAGGUGAUAAACGAAACGAUCCGAGGUAAAAAUCGUUGAGAUUCGUUUAAAAUGAAUUUGCUGUAUCAUAUUGAAAAUAAGUAACGGGUGGUGAUUACGAUGUCUUUAAAGCCCAAAAGCGUCGAUUUUAACGCUAUUUGGGGCGCAAUCCAAGAAACCAUUCGAGGGGUCAUUACUUUAGCCGAUGUUCCAAGAACCGUUUGGAGCGAUCGGUUCUCUGAUGUGUAUUCGUUAUGUGUGGCUCACCCUGACUCGAUGGCUGAUCGGCUGUAUGCCGAAACUAAACAAUACCUAAUUGAUCAUGUCAGUAAGUUAUUAGACCAUGUUUUGGAGGACGAUGAGACCCAAUUGGUUAAAAAUUAUUACGUUUAUUGGUCGCAAUAUUCGAAGGGAGUCGGAUAUUUACACUCUUUGUAUUUGUACUUAAAUCAACAACACAUCAAAGCACAAAGAAUGUCUGAUGCUGAGAUGAUUUAUGGAACUGCAGAUACAACAGGUGAACAAAUGGAAAUAGGCGAAUUAGCGUUAGAAGUUUGGAAAACAGGGAUGAUAACCCCAUUAGGCACAAAAUUAGUAAAACUCCUAUUGGAAUGCAUAGAACAAGAUCGUAGCCAAUUUCCAAUGAGCAUAGCUUUGGAAGCGGUUCGCGGCACGAUCUUGAGUUUCGUCGAGGUGCAAAGUUACAAGAAAAAGGGGCAACUGCAACUUUACCAGGAGUUAUUCGAACAACCGUUUUUAGACGCCAGCGGGGAGCAUUAUAAACGCGACGCGACCCGGUUAUUAGAAGAGCGAAACGUUAGCCUUUACAUGGAAAAAGUGAUUGCGAAAAUCGAUGAGGAGGUUAAGAGGGCUCAAAAAUUUUUGCAUCAAAGCUCGAUAGCGAAGGUGACUCAACGGUGUGAGACGCACAUGGUCGCGGAGCAUUUGGUGUUUUUAUAUAGUGAGUGUACGAGUAUGGUCGAGGCGGAGCAAGCGCAAGAUCUCUCUAAUAUGUAUAGUUUAUUAAAAAGUGUUCCGAACGGACUCAACGUUUUGGUUGAAAUCGUUCUUAAUCAUAUUAAAAAUCAGGGAUUGGCGGCUAUUUUGAAUUUACAAGGAGAAAACGUUCAUAUAAGUUUCGUUGAGAACCUCUUAGAAGUUUAUAAUAAAUACAAAAAGCAAAUUAAGGAGGUUUUUAAGUCCGACCAAAAUUUUAUGGGAGCCUUAGACAAAGCGUGUAGUUCCGUGAUUAAUCAUCGCCCGAAUUCGGGGAGAAGCCCGUGUCGUAGCCCGGAAUUAUUGGCGAAAUAUUGCGACACACUCCUUAAAAAAUCGAGUAAAGGAAUCAGCGAACAAGACAUCGACGAAAAACUCACCAACAGCAUCACUAUCUUUAAAUAUAUCGACGAUAAAGACGUCUUUCAAAAAUUUUAUAGCCGCAUGUUAGCGAAAAGACUCAUUCACCAAUUAACCCAAAGCAUGGACGGCGAAGAAUCGAUGAUUAACAAAUUAAAACACGCGUGCGGUUACGAAUUUACGAGCAAAUUACAUCGGAUGUUUACGGACAUGUCGGUUUCCGCGGAUUUAAACAACAAAUUUAGCGCGUAUUUGACGAAGAAAAACGUCGAUUUGGGGAUUAAUUUUAGUAUUUAUGUGUUGCAAGCGGGCGCGUGGCCUUUAGGCCAAGCCGUUGUUACUUCUUUCGCGUUACCACAACAAUUAGAGCGGAGCGUUCAAAAUUUCGAGUCGUUUUACCACGAACAUUUCAACGGGAGGAAAUUAACGUGGCUCCAUCAUCUCUGCCAGGCCGAAUUAAGAAUCGGUUAUUUAAAAAAACCCUAUAUUAUUACGGUCCAAACGUUCCAAAUGGCGAUUUUAUUGUUGUUUGAAAACGCCGAUUCGUUAACGUGUAAUGAAAUUAAAGAAACGUUGCAGUUAAACGCGGAACAAUUUCAAAGACACGCGGUGAGUUUGGUUGAUUCGAAAAUUUUGUUGGUUGAUAACGAUGCUGGAGGCGGGGAUGAGUUAAAACCCGACACGGUUUUGCGCUUAAAUUUGGAAUAUACGAAUAAAAGGACGCGGUUUAGAAUCACCGCGGCUGUUCAAAAAGAAUCGCCCGCGGAGGUUGAGCACACCAUGAACUCGGUUGAGGAGGAUAGGAAAUUAUAUCUCCAAGCAGCUAUCGUUAGGAUUAUGAAGGCGAGGAAGAUUUUGAAACACAACGUUUUAAUACAAGAGGUUUGCGCACAAAGUAGGUCAUCGUUCGCUCCGAGCAUCCCGAUGAUUAAGAAGUGUAUCGAAGCGCUGAUCGAUAAACAAUAUAUAGAAAGAACGCCUCAUUCGAGUGAAGAGUAUAGUUAUGUGGCUUGAAAGUUUUUUUAUAAAAAGAACCACGAAGAUUUUGUUUCUUUUUUUUCUUUCGUAUUUAUUCCGUGUAAGUUCGGAUCGCUUGUACAUUACGUGUGUAAAUAGUGGUUAAAAAUUUGAAAUAAAAAAUGAAUUGAAGUAAACGAUUAAAAUAUGA